UAGAUUUAUGGCAAUCUAUUAACAAAGAAUUUGAAUUCUUCAUGAAAGAGCUGAACACUUCGAGGCCAAUAUUUACCGUUGGUAAUAACGAAACGGAAAUUAAUUCAUGGUUAGAUGAAUAUGUUAUAGCUAUGAAUAUUAUUCAUGCAUUCAUCGAUGAAUUUACUAAAUAUAUUGAAGCAUUCCUGAUGGGAAAAUACUCGUUAGACAAAUUGAUUAAGGAGGAUGAUUCUAUUAAGCCGUGA